GGACUCGCUCAGCCUCCGCUGACUUUUUUCGCUGAGCGCAGCCGCCUGGCGCCGGUUUCCGCCAGGCUGUAGCGCGCGGGCCACGGCUUCUCUGGGGACCCAGCAGCGUGAAGUGGGGACCUCGGCGCGCGCCCAGCUCCCGGCUCUCCCGGCCCGCGCCCCGGCCCCCGGCCCGCGCCCCGGCCGCCGGCAUGGUGCUGCUGGCCGGGACCGGGCCGGAGGGCGGCGGGGCGCGCUGCAUGACCCCGCCACCGCCGUCCCCACCCCGGGGCGCGCAGGUCGAGGAGGACCACACUGACUACGAAGAGUUCGAGGACUUCUCGAGUCUGCCUGACACCCGCAGCAUCGCCUCGGACGACUCUUUCUACCCUUUCGAGGACGAGGAGGAGCAAGUCGUCGAGAGCGCAGAGAGCGUCCCGGAGGGCGUCCCGGAGGCGGCGAGCCUCCUGCGCGCCGCCUGCGCCAACGACGUGGGGCUGCUGCGGGCACUGGUGCGGCGCGGGGUGAGCGUCGAGGAGGCGCAGGAGACAGACCGCAACGGCCGGACCGGCCUUAUUGUCGCCUGCUACCACGGCUUUGUGGAUACCGUGGUGGCCUUAGCAGAGUGCCCCCACGUUGACGUCAACUGGCAGGACAGCGAGGGGAACACAGCCCUAAUCACAGCUGCACAGGCAGGACACGCGAUCAUCACCAACUACUUGUUGAACUAUUUCCCCGGUCUUGACCUUGAGAGGAGGAACGCGUUCGGGUUCACCGCCCUGAUGAAAGCCGCCAUGCAGGGUCGAACCGACUGCAUCCGAGCCCUGAUGCUGGCAGGGGCGGAUGUCCACGCGAGGGACCCCCGCCGUGGGAUGUCGCCGCAAGAGUGGGCCACUUACACGGGCCGCGUGGAUGCCGUUCGCCUCAUGCAAAGGCUGCUGGAGCGCCCCUGCCCGGAACAGUUUGGGGAAAAGUACCGGCCGGAGCUGCCGCCGCCCCCCGAGGCUGCGAGGAAGCCCGCGGGCUCCAAGAACUGCCUGCAGAGGCUCACGGACUGCGUGCUGUCCGCGCUCACGCCGCGCUCCGUGCGGAGCCCGGAGGACGGGGGCGCCCUGGACCACAUGGUCAGGAUGACCACUAGCCUCUACAGCCCCGCCGUGGCCAUCGUGUGCCAGACCGUGUGUCCCGAGAGCCCCCCGUGCGUGGGGAAGCGGCGGCUGGCGGUGCAGGAGAUCCUGGCGGCGCGGGGGCCCCGGGCGCAUGAGGCGGAGGAGGCUGGGGGCGCCGGGCAGCGCAGGCGGACCAGCCCGGCAGACGCAGGCUCCCAGGAGGGCUCCCCAAGAGCCAGCCUCCCGCCCGCCCCGCCGCCGGGGUCCCGGGGCCCCGCCGCGCCCGCCCCGCGGAAGUCCAGCCUCCUGCCCCUGCAGCGCCUGCGGCGGAGCAGCGUGCGGCCCGGCGUGGUGGUGCCCCGGGUCCGCGUCUCCAAGGCGCCCGCGCCCACCUUCCAGCCCGAGCGGCCGGCGCGGAAGGGCAGCACCAAGGACAGCGGCCACCUGCAGAUCCCCAAGUGGCGGUACAAGGAGGCCAAGGAGGAGAAGCGCAAGGCGGAGGAGGCCGAGAAGAAGCGCCAGGCCGAUGCGCAGAAGGAGAAGCGCCCGCCGCCCUGGAAGAAGAGGACGUGAGGGCCUGUGUGCCCGGCGCGGGGUCCAGGGCAGGGCGAGGCCGCGGGGCUGGGUGCGAGGAGGAGGCGGCUCCGCUGCGUUGGGUGCGAGGAGCAGCACUGCUGCCGCGCGUUUCCAGGCUGUCUGUCCAGACUGCUCCCAGGAGGGGGCUGGGGGAGCCACAUCGAUUCGCCUGUCACCAGCCCGCCGGCAAUCAGUACACCUAGCGGGCAUGUUGCCUAGAAGGCUCCUUUUAGAGAACCUCAAUUAAGAUUUUUUUUUAAAGAUCAAUUUAUCAAAGGGCAUUUUCUGCGUAAUUUUGUAUUUUUAAUCAUUAUUUAUCAAAUUUGCAACGUUUUACGAUAGGGCCCCUUGUAUCCAAAGCAGUUUUAAUACACUUGCCCGAAGACCUUUUGUUUAAAAUACUGUUUCUAGCGAUAAAUAUUUAUGGUAUCUGUAUGAGUUCACACAGAAAUCCUGGGGUUCUCCUUUUUUUUUGGGUAUUUCCUUUGGUGUUUUCUCCUCAUCGUGGGUGCAUGUGCACACUGAAUGUUCUUUUUAAUUAGAUGAAGUGAUGCCAGAUACUUCUAUUUGAUGGAGGCAUUGACUCAUUCAGACACAUGAUCAAGUGAGACAGAGAGAUCAGAUGUUAUUGUAUCUUUUAAAAACUCUUAAUACAGUAAUAUAUUGGAGAAAAACAUAUAUUGUCAAAUUAUAAAACAAUUCAGAGAUAAACGUAUUUAUUGCUAGAAUUAAACUCAUUUUAAGCAAGGGGUUUUAGAUAAACUGGAUUAAAAAAACUUUCACUUAUUAAAAAUAGGAGAAAAAACUGUCAUUUGAUAAAAUGGGGGCAAAUUUAGCAAAUGAUUAUCAGAAAUACAAAAUUAAGCCAUACGCGCUCUUAAGUAAAUCAAAUCCAGAUAUCCUUAAAAUGUAAGAAAGAUGUAACAGAGCCAGGAGCCCAGAACGAUGCAAAUUACAGGAAUGCGAAGGAGGUGGUUUUUAGAACAGGCGAUGAGAAUGGAACAGGAAGUAAACUUGUUUUCCGCAAAUUCUCCUGGAGUGGACUGGGGAGCCCCUCCUCCAGACUCAGUUCCAAAGAGUCCCUUGUGUGGCUAUUUCUUUUAUUUUUCCUUUGAGGACUGCACUUAGUAUUUAGUUCAUCCUCAUGCUAACCUCAUAGAAUUUCCAAGAUGUGGAGCCUUGGGCAGGGCAGGACAUGGGUGUGAUUUGCCUUGGGCUGCAAGCUCUCGGUGAGAGUUUUAUGUCCACACUUUUAUCUCCAAAGUGACAUGGAGAUCACUUUUCUCAGUGAUCCAAUUAGAAUUUAUCAAAGAGCGUUUUCUGCAUAAUUUUGUAUUUUUAAUCUUUAUCGGAUUUGCAGCAUUCUAAUUCGGCAGGGCAGGGUAUGAAAGCUGGAAGCUCAGGCAGGAGUUUCUAAUUGUAAUGACUCUCGCCAUGUGGGUUGUAGAGUGUCUGUCACAUAUGCACUUUAUUUCAGUAUUAAUUUAAAUACUUGGACGCACAUGCUCACAGGCCUAUUUGGAGGCUCUGUACUAUGACACCUAAUAACUCUAGGUACGUCAUGAUACGGGGUGUCUGUCUCAGGACACAGGCAGGGCUGGCGCAGGCUUCUCCGGGCUUCCUUCCUCCUGGCACCAUCAGGCAUUGAGCAACCAGGAAUCUUAAACUGGCCUCUCCAAAAGCUCCCCUGAACAGGACUGCAGGCUGCACACAGGCUAAUGGGAGAUUGGUGUGAUGAUGAUACAGUGUUUAAGAUCAGACUUCUUGCAUGAUCCCAAAAGGCACUCUGAUGAAUGCACAGGGGACUAGACCCUCUUAGAGAACUGCAAAUAUUGGUUGACUGAGUCACCCUUGUGGCCAAGGAGUUGGGAUUGGCCAUGUCCCCUUCGAGCAGGUGGGGACUGUGACUGACACUGGUUAUCUUUGGGGGUUGUCUUUGCUGAAUCCUCUGGCAUUGUGGCACCUUCCUGCCACAUGUACAUAAUUCACAGCAUUACCAAGUCACCACGAGCCCCACCCUCACCUCUGUCAACUGAGGACCACGCCAGGCGGGACCACGUGGUCUCCCAGGCAUGCCUCUCGACACCAGCUACCCCUGCUGCGAAAGUUCUCAAGGCAUUGGCUGGGGGAGCUGAGCCCUGGACCUGUCCUGCAGCUCCGCAGGUGACUGCGCUCAGCCUGCAUGGAGAACUGCAGUGCUAACACUGUGAUUGCGAGGGGAGAGGACACCCAUCCCGAACUCCCACAAAGGGCUUCGCCUUCCCAAGAAUGUCUCAUUGUCAUGGGAACAGCCGGGGUCGGGCAGCUUCUGUUCGGACUGACGUGGCAUCUGACCCUUGGAGCGUUGCCAGGCCUCCUGCCUGUUUCCACUGUGGGAAGUUGGCACUGAGAAUGGUAUGGAGUCCCCACUUCUACCCUAAGCCCGGGUGUCUGCUGCUUCCACGUCAAAAAGACAUUUCUGGUCCUGCCAAGCUGCUACCUCACCACAGCCCAUGUUCACAGUCUCCAGGGCAAGCAAACGACUGGUGAUUUCCCCAGGUCCCAUGCUGUUCUGGAGUGGACACGUUGCGGCCCUGCGCCUGAUGUGUUCCAGCCUUGUCCAGGUGCACAGGAGACCCUGGGGCCAGCACAGGGCUUGUCUGGUCAUGCUCCUGGCAUCCACAAAACAGCUCUAGAGACACCCGCAUUUUGAAAACCCUCCCGAGCCAGCAAGCGUGGGGCAGGACAUGGAUUCUUUUGGCAAAUCUGAAGGUGAGCUGGCCACUUGUCUGGUGAGGGGAAGCUGCUGUUACCUGGCCAGUGUUUGCAACUUGAGGGAAAAUGACAGCUUCAUGGGGGGCUCUGGUGGGACUGGGAAGCCUCACCUCCCAGGCAGCUUUGGUGUGGCCUCAGUGGGAAGAUCGGAUUUUGAAAACCCACCAGACCCAACUGAAAGAAGGGCCAUUCCUGAUUGAGUUGGAGACUCCCGGGUCCCUCUCUUUAGACUCGUUCUAGCCGUGCUCUGUGGGCAGGCCCUCCCUCUGGCGCAUGAGGCAGGUCCAGGCAGCUUCUGCAGCUGUGCCCGUGGCUGCUGGCCCAGCUUCUCCCUUUUGCCAUGCAGAAGCAGAUUUGCUAGGAGAGGAAUUUUCCAAGUCAAGGGACAUGCCACCAGGCCUCUUUCCUCCACCUGUGGGGGUGGGGGGGACUUCUGCUCUUGUUUCCUCAUUCUCUUUGGAGUGGGCAUCAGAGGGGACAAGCAGGCCCCCAGUCAGGCUCAGGGAGUGCAGGAGGCCAGGGAGGGAAGCCCAGACGAUGGGGAAAUGGAGCCACCUUGAGGGGGUGUUGUGGGAUCAGUGUCAGGGUAAUCUGAUGGGCCAAUUUAUACUUAAGCAACGUUAUUAUGUUCACUUCUUUUGGGUAAGGGAUUCCUCACGGGAGGUGUGGUCACCUGGUCCCAGAGGUGGAGAGAAACGCCCCCUCGUCUUCCUGAGCCAUUUGGAAGUCCUUUCUUCUAGCUCUAGGUACUGGUAACACGGGCCCCUCAGUCUUAGGAUGUGGACGGGGCUGGAGAAUACAGGCUUCUUGCCCCUUCCCCACUUAGCACCAUUGGCAUCUGGCAGUCAGGGGCCUCCCAGUGGCCACGCCAAAAACCUGGUGUCCUUGGAGAACAUUUUUCCUGUUUGUCUGUUUUCAGUGCUUUGAACAGCUGCAUUCACUGACUGAAGGCUCGCCCUCCCUGCACCCGCCAUGUGGUUCAGGAAGGAAGGGACCGGUGGGCACUGACCCCUUCUCCUCUCCUGUCAGUGGCCACCGCAGGGCCCCCUCUGGCUUUGUCACCACAUUCUCCCUCCCCUGUCACCUCGUCACUUCUUCCUUAUUCGCUUUUCCUUCCUUUGCCUGUUUUCUUCUCCCAGUUGGUUAAGUUUUUGAUCGUUCCUGGCACCACCUACCCUGAGGUCUACCAAGGACAGAAACGCCAGGACCUCUGUGAGGCAGUGUGGUGUCCCUGUGGGGUUACCAUGGUGGGACCUCCUCGACCCCAGAGUGAAUGAACGGCUGGCCAGCCAGUGUCUGUGCUGAUGGCUUAGAAUUACUACACAGCCCCUCCUCUUUGCUGGGAAGGGAGAGUCAGCCCAGCCCCUGCUGCGCACAGGGAUAGGGCUCCCUGAUGUUUAUUAACUGUAGAUAGUGAAUUUCAAGUUGACAGGUACCUUCUCAGGGAUUUAUAUAUAAAUGUAGUUAGAGGAAAAGUUGAAGUCUAUUUUACUACCUUUUAAUAUUUGAGUAAAUUAUAGUUUAACUGGACAGAAGAAAUAUUUCUCAGACAAUGUCUAUGCUGCUGAUUACAACUGAGGUGCCUGGAGCUCACCCCCUGAGGGAGACUUCCUUGGUGAUUAGAGAUUUGGGACUCUGGCAGCGGAAACUGCUUUAGGGUGGGUGUGAAGUCGCUUCAAUCCCUCUGAGUUGCCUCUUGUGGAUGGAACGUAUGUGUCGACAACAAUGAAAUUCACCUCCGUGUGCAUGGAGGUGGCUGAUGAGAACAGACGGGCCAGUCCUCACUCUUCCCUCCAGAGCCAGCCGCUCCGGUCUGACGUUGGAGCGCGUGAACUAACAGUGACCAUUUUUUUCUACUUGCUUCUGUGAAUAAAGUGUUCUACAGUCAGCCCAGCACUAAACUCACCAGAAGGGAGGAGGGCAUGGCGUGGAGCUGCUCAUCUGGAAUUACCUUGGUGUGCAGAGGCUGUCCCUUGGCCACGCUUGGAAGAUGCAGUGGGAAACGUCAUGGGCUUCUUUCUUCCUCUCAAGCUCCAGACUCCUGGCAGUACUGGGGACCUCAGGACUAUCGAGAUCAGAAAUGCAGUGGCUUCAUCUCAGUGUGGCCACUCCUGAGACAAGAGGCUCCUCCUGGGAUCAGGAGAGAGGAAGUUCAUGAUGUCAAUUGGAAAACAGGAUUUAUGGACGCAGAAGAGGGGCUGUGCUCUUCAGAAGUGGGCCCCUCUGCCCACUUCUGUCCCUGCUGUCUGCAGUGACCAGGUUUCUGGAGUGGAGAAGAGCCUGUUGUGAGUGAAAGAGAAGCCCCUGGGUUAGGGCCAGACCCCGGGCCUGAUAAGGAUGCAAAGCCUGCUGCUUUCAGGCGUUGGGAAGAAUUAUGGGUACUGAGCGAUUAUGAUGAAAUGCAUCCCAGAGAGGAAAUGAAUGGGCCUUAGGACGUGGGCCUGACACACCCCUGGUAGCCCUCCUGCAAGAACACUACACUGCUCCCAGCCUGCCGUCCACACUACAUGACGUGGGAAGGCUGUCUGUCCAUCCUUACCCUGGGGAGCCACACCUGCUUUGCGGAGUGAGCUGCAGCCCUGACGUGCGCCCUGUGUUACUCUCUCCCCAGAUGGGCCCAGAGACUCAGGCUUGCUCACUUGCGCCCUGACACAGCUCGCUGUUUCCCCGGUGGUCAGUCCCCCUGUGCUGUGUCAGCUCCCAGACACCACUGGUCUUUCACAUGCUACAGCAUGAGCCCUCCACCUCCCACGUGGGUAGCUGUGUAGAUUCUGCACCUGGCAGUUGGUGAUUCCCCUUGGAAGCCACCGGGGGGCCUGGUCCUUGGCUUCUACUGCAGCCCCUUUCCGUCGGCACCUGCCUGGAGGGCCACGGUCUGGGGAAGGACACGGAGGACACUGACCAUGACUGAUCCGUCUGAAACAACAAAGUCACGUGGAGGACAGCUGCAGUGGGGCGGAUGCCAGUGCAGCAGGCAUGCCAGGAGCUGCCGAGAGCUGACAACGAAAGCGGUUCCUGCCAAGGCGUGGCUUGCACCCCCACCCCCAUGCCGCCCGGUGCGCACUUGGGACUUGCUUCUGCGUCGGUGUAACUCCAGUCAGCUGCUUUCUGUGCCCUUGCACUCACGGGUUCCUUCAUUAACACUGUAAAUAAGUGGCUAAAAAAAAAACUCCUCUGGAGGCUGUUUUUGAAAGAAACAGGAUAAAGAAAAACACAUACACUACCUGGGUUCAUGUGACUAAUUUUCGAGUGACUCGGUUGAAAGCCAGUGUUGCAUACACGGUUUCCUCAUGCUGACCCAGCCCAAAAUAAGACUUGAUAAAAGGCACAGCCCUCGGCAGCAGGCAGUGCCAACCUGGACGCCAACACUAAGGUGUGAGUGUGUGCGCAGGCAAGCACGUGAAAUGAACUGAAUGGACACUCGGGCUUUGUGCUGGCAAAGGUGAUGAUGCUGCCGUUGCUUGGCUGUGGGCUCCAGGCAGGGGCAGAUGGGACCUGCUUUGAUGGCGUGCUGUUCAGUGGACUUGUGGGGUCUCGCACAGUCCCAGGACCCACUGUGAGCACCCUGCCCACUGUGGCACAGAACACAGCUGGAGCUGUUACAACACAGGUCUUUAUUAAAAGGCAGGGUUGACCCAGGCGGCUCAUCUAGAACCCCUUUGGCUCAUCUAGAAUGCCUUGGCCGCAUGGAGGCACUCAGAUCCAGGGCCCCAGGCCCAGGAGGGUUCUUUCCACCCUGGAAGAGCUCCCCAGGCAUUCAGCCCUCAGCAUGUGGCUGCGGAUUACCCUCAGAAUCAACAUCUCCUUGAGGAAGCCCUGGUAUUUUCCCAGGUCUGCCUACACGUCAGAUGCUCUAAUCAGUGCUAACACAGUUCGGUUUUUGAGGGAAAUAGUUUUGUCAUAAUACUACAUCCUUCUACUGUUUUCAAAUAAAAAGGAGAAAAAAUGAAGCUAUCCAUCAGGUAAAGCAAUGGUCCACAUUGGCCGGAUGCUUUAUGAAGUUUUGGGAGGUCGGUGUGGAGGCACCCUCACACCAGUUUUUAAGCAAAAGUUCUAGAAGCUGGUUUAGAACUGCACAGCUAUGGAUACACUCAAUGAAAACUGCAGAAGGCGAUGGCAGGCCCAGAAAUAUGAUUAGCAAUUAUAACCCUUCAGAUGAACAGUAAAAGCCAAUGUGCUGGAAUUCUCUUGUUCUGCCUGGCAUUUGGGGUGUCCAAGGACCUGUGUUUUUAACAAAGAUGACUUUAUCACCAUUCUAAGGAUUGAACAGAUUCCUGCACAGGGUGCCAGGUUUCCAGUUAGGUCCUCUUAGUAUAAGCUCUCUUCUGAAUGUAAACCUAUUUGCAUUGUCGUUUCUAAAAAUCCAGUAGGUUUCUGGAUAUUGUAAAGAUACUGAGUACAGAUACAAUUGUAUAGAUUUCAUAGUGUUUUAUUUUGAGGUGAGAGUUUUGUUAGAGUUUAUAAAAGAUAUUUUCCUAUUCAGACCUCAGGGCUAUUUUGGGACCUACAAAUAAAUGUGAUUCCCAGCAGCUUCAAUUUUUGAUAUUCAAAAACUUAAUAAUCUUUAAAUAUAAUGUGAUAUUAUUCAACAAAAAGAAUGUUUUUCCCUUUUAACGUCUAAUAAAUUGUGUAUCUAAUGUAUAAAAAAUAUGGAAAAAUUGUGGUAAAGUAAAAAUGUGGGAGAAUUGUGGCUAAAGAAUAAAAAAAAUCACUUGCUAAAUAAAACAUUCUUAUGGUCCAAAAGUAUAUUUGAAGAAACUUAAGUGCAUAUAGAGAAUGAAACAAUGAAAUAUGCCGGGAUUU